AUGGCAACAGCAGCCCCUCCGCUUGGACCUCAACUCGGUCAACGAGGUUUGAAUGUGGCGAAUUUUUGUAAAGAGUUCAAUAAAGAAACAGGUCAUAUCAAACCUGGUACGGUUCUGCCGACACGAAUCUCGAUAAAACCUGAUCGCACUUACGACUUAGAAAUAUGCAGUCCUACAACCAGCUGGCUGCUGAAAAGAGCAGCAGGCAUACGGAGAGGAAAGCAGUUCCCAAAUGAGAUCGUUGGUAAAUUAUCAGUGAAACAUAUCUAUGAAAUUGCAAAGGUAAAAUCACAAGAUAAAUGUCUAGUCGGUGUACCGUUACAGGACAUCUGCCGAAUGAUCAUCAAAAGUUGUCGAACGAUAGGAAUUGAAGUAACACAUGAGGAUUUGAAUCCAGACGAAUAUCGUGAAUUUUUGGACAAAAGACGGCAAAUUGUUCAAGAACAGCUGAAGCAACUAGCAGAGAAGAAAGCAGCCAAAAUGCUUCGGACAGCCUGA